GGCCGGGAGCGGGGCUCGAACCCGCGGGGCUCGGAUGCGCCCGGCGGCUGCGGCGGGGCCACGGCCGCCCACGGGCCAUGGAGCUGCCCGUGGAUGUGACCUCGGGGCUGCCCUCGGGGCUGCCCGCCGCCACCGCCACCCCCUGGGGCAACGGCACCGCCUGGGCCCCCCUGCCCGGACACGGCGUCAACGACACGGGCCUGCAGCGGGCCAAGAACGCCACAUCCAUCCUCAUCGCCAUCGUCAUCACCGCGCUCUACUCUGUGGUGUGCGUGGUGGGGCUGCUGGGCAACGUCCUGGUCAUGUACGGCAUCGUCAGGUACACCAAGAUGAAGACAGCCACCAACAUCUACAUCUUCAACCUGGCGCUGGCUGAUGCAGUGGCCACCAGCACACUGCCCUUCCAGAGCGCCAAGUACCUGAUGGAGACCUGGCCCUUCGGGGAGCUGCUCUGCAAGGUCGUGCUCUCUAUUGACUACUACAACAUGUUCACCAGCAUCUUCACCCUCACCAUGAUGAGCGUGGACCGCUACAUCGCCGUGUGCCACCCAGUCAAGGCCCUGGACUUCCGCACGCCGGCCAAAGCCAAGAUCAUCAACGUCUGCAUCUGGGUGCUCUCCUCCCUCAUCGGGGUGCCCGUCAUGAUCAUGGCAGUCACCAAGUCAAAAGACGGUGUGGUCCUGUGCACUCUCCAGUUUCCUGACCCUCCCAUCUACUGGGACACUGUGACCAAGAUCUGUGUCUUCAUCUUUGCCUUCCUGGUCCCCAUUCUGGUCAUCACCAUCUGCUACGGGCUGAUGAUCCUUCGCCUGAAGAGCGUCCGGCUCCUCUCAGGCUCUAAGGAGAAGGAUCGCAACCUGCGGCGCAUCACUCGCAUGGUGCUGGUGGUGGUGGCAGCCUUCAUCAUCUGCUGGACACCCAUCCACAUCUUCGUCAUCGUCUGGACGCUGGUGGACAUAGACAAGAAGAACCCCUAUGUGGUGGCCAGCCUGCACUUCUGCAUUGCUCUGGGCUACACCAACAGCAGCCUCAACCCUGUCCUUUAUGCUUUCCUGGAUGAAAACUUCAAGAGGUGCUUCCGAGAGUUCUGCCUGCCUUUCCGAGCCCGCGUGGACCAGAACAGCUUCUCCCGUGCCAGGAACACCACGCGGGAGCACGUCUCCACCUGCACCCCCCCUGAGGCCCGCGGCAAGCCGGCAUGACUAGAGGUGGGCAGCCCCCAGCGGGGCUGCC